AUGCUUGAUAUAAAGGUAAUGAGUGGUGAUUUCCCUCCAGUCUUCAAAAUGAAGGUGCUAGUAGUGUUGUGUAUUGUUAGCGCGGGUGUGGGAGUGUUGGGGUACCACAAGAGUGUGGGCAUCCCAGCCGCCACUGAGAUACGUCUGCGAGAGUCCAUGCGAGUAGCUGGAGGCUUACCUUCUUACCUUGAGGAACAUCCAUUUGUAGCGGGGUUAGUGAUCACGUUGACUACUGGUCAGACGUCAGUAUGUAGCGGCGCGCUGAUCAGUGACAGACGAGUACUGACCGCGGCUCAAUGCGCCUGGGACGGGGACCUGAAGGCCGACGAGAUCACCGUGGUGUUAGGCUCUAUAAGACUGUUCUCUGGCGGCACCCGACUCUCAGCAAUGUACACUCUACACCCGGACUACGAUCCUACAGCUACUGGCUUCAAGCGACUGCAACACGAUAUCGCUGUCUUAACGACAUCCAGAGUCUUCCUCAGCCAUUCCAUCAACAUCAUACCGCUCCCAAAGGGUAUGAAUGACACGUUCGUGGGAAGAAAAUCUGAAGUCAUCGGCUUCGGGAUGACCGGGGAGAACAACCCCAUAGUGAAUAAUCAAGCUCAGCGCGACGUGUACGUCCCAGUGAUCAGUAACGCAGCUUGCAACGAGUACUUCUGGUACUCACUCAGUGACGCACAGCUGUGUACCAACGGUACAGGCGGCCGUGGGCCCUGCGGCGGCGACGGUGGCGCCCCCCUCAUACUGCGCUACUACUCCGGAAAUACUGAUUUAUUGAUCGGGCUGGUUUCCUUCAGUCAUAUCAAGGGCUGCCAGUCGGGGAAUCCAACAGGCUAUACUCGUAUUACUUCGUACAUGAGCUGGAUCGAAACCUUCCUGUAG